UUCUUGAUUUGAUUCAAUAUUAAAAGCUAUCAAAUUUUAUUCUAGGCCACCACUUGAAAAAAAAAACCCUCAACAUUUCCAGACCAUAGUUUUCUCGAAUUUCAAUUUUAUGAAACUAUUGGAUAAAUGAAAAUGUUGAAAUAGUGUCCAUGGAUCGAAUCAGAGGAAGUUCACUCUUUCUAUUGUGAAAAUGAUGUCUGCAUCUUCAAAUUUACCUUUACUUUCUUCUCACUGGCUUCCAAGUGUCUUAAACAUGUGGUCUACAAAGUUUUUAUUGACAAGUCGUACUUUCUCACUCAAAAAUGCAAAAUAACACAACUACACAUUACUUGAGAAAGUGUGCUGUAUUUUAAAAAUGUGACUUUAAAAACAGAAGAAUGGGAAUUUGCUGUUGUAAAAAAAGACAGUCUGAUUCUGAUGAAGAAACAUUUAAUCGACCAAUGCCUAGGACAUCUGUGAAUUCAUUGUCUGCAUCAGAUCAUAAUCAUGCAGCAAAUCACCAAACUCAAUAUGAUCCAGUGCAGCAAACAUGGGAUGCCAUGGAGAAUAAACUAUCAUCUAACGUUGAUAAACUUAUAUUGCAGACACUUGCAGUUAUUAGAACUUUAGUCGAUAAUGACCUUGAACCACCACCAUCAAUGACGAAGCUUCAUUUCAUUGCUGAUAAGGAGAAGGGAUGGUUAACUGUUGUCAAUUCAAUGGCAAAUGUUAUACCAAUGAAUGAUCCUUUAGGACCAGCAGUCAUAACACUGUUGCUGGAUGAUUGUCCGUUGCCGACAAAAGAAUCCAUAGCGAAAUUAUCGAAAAUGUUUAAACUAUCAUCUGAAAUGGCUAUGCAAGGAAAGCUAGUUCCUACACGACAUAGAAAUAUUUGUGUUAUUCUUGGUUGCAUUGCUGAAAAGUUAGCAGGUCCUAGCAGUACGACUCUUUUGACACAAGAUACAAUGGAUUAUCUUUUUACAAAUUUUGAUCCUUCUAUAAAUACAUCUGUGAUCCUUUUCUCACUAAUUGCCUUAGAAAAGUUUGCACAAACUAGUGUUAAUAAAUCCACUAUCAAUCGUCAACUGGCAAUCAAACCUGAAAAUCCUUUAGAACGGCUAGAGAAAUUGAUUAAUAGUUCUAAUUUCAUGGAAAAACAAGUAGGAUUUUGUGCUCAGUGGUGCUUAGAUAAUUUAUUUGUGAAAGAAGGUAGACCAUUUACAUAUGAAAAUGUUGACAGAACAAAUUUAAAUGCUAUGCUCAAUAGUAAUGAUGUUAGUGAAUAUUUAAAGAUAUCUGCUGAUGGCUUGACAGCUCGUUGUGAUGCAUCAUCCUUUGAAAGUGUUAGAAGUACGUUUCAGGUUGACUCUGGUGUGUGGUACUAUGAAGUCACCAUAGUCACUUCCGGGGUUAUGCAAAUAGGGUGGGCUACCCGUAAUAGCAAGUUCCUGAAUCAUGAAGGAUACGGAAUUGGUGAUGAUGAGUAUUCCUUAGCAUAUGACGGCUGUCGACAGCUUAUCUGGUAUAAUGCAGCAAGCCAUUUUCAUAAACAUCCAUGCUGGAAGCCUGGAGAUAUUUUAGGAUCUUUAUUAGACUUAGAAAAUUAUUGCAUUAUAUUUUAUUUGAAUGGGCAGCCCUUGCCUCCUGAUACUCAACUAUUUCAAAGUGCUAGGUCAGGAUUCUUUGCAGCUGCUAGUUUCAUGUCAUUCCAACAAUGCGAGUUCAAUUUUGGACGAUCACCAUUCAAAUUCCCUCCAUCACGAACGAGCUUCCAGUGUUUUAAUAAUUGUGCCACAUUAUCUGAAGAAGAGAAAAUUAUACUGCCAAGACAUAUAAGGCUUGAAAAAUUAAGGCAAGCUAGUGUAAGAGAAGAUUCUUGCUCGCUUUGUUUUGAUGGUUCAGCCACUGUUAGAUUAGAUCCUUGUCAUCAUACCGGAUUUUGUACCCAGUGUGCCUUGCAGCUUGAAGUGUGUCCAAUGUGCCGAAGUAAAAUUGAUGAACGGGUGGAAAUAGGUUGA